AUGAACGCCGCCGCGGCUGCCGGACGCGCCGCCGGUGUCAAGCCGCGGGCGGUCACGAUUGAAGAGGCGGCGGCUGUCGAUUACGCACCGCUGCUUCCGGGAGAUGUGGCGGUGAUGAUGCCCCGCGCCGUCGCCACCGAUGCGUGCCGCCCCGCCGCGGCCGCGCGGCAGCUGCUCGUGGAGCUGCCCGGCAGCUUCGACGUGGUCGGAGACGUGGGGGUGGUCGGGAGGGUCGAGGCCGGCGGGGCGGGCGGCGGCGGCAGGGGCGGCAGGGCGCGGAUCAUGGUGGCAGCUGGCAAGAUGCUGCGCAGCGCGGCCAUGGAAGAGGGCAGCGGCGACGAUAGCGAAGAUGACGAGGAGGAGGGAGAGGGGGACGAGGACGAGCGGGUGGAAGAUGACAAGGCAGUGGUGGUGCCAGUGCAGCUUGACCUGAAAGGUGUGCGGUACGACCUGACUGCGCUGCCGCUGGCAGGGACGUGCGCCGUCGUCAAGGUGCUGGCAGAGAAAGCGCCCGCGGAGGGGCAGGAGGACGGCCAAGGCCGUGAGGACGGCUGGGCGGCCGCAGGCGCAGCAUGGCAGAGCGACUCGGACGGCGAGGGCGGCCCUGUGGCGGCUGCGCCCGGCGCCGCCGGCACAAAGCCAGCCGGCGGCAAGGGCGGCGGUGGGGCCGCGAAGGGCAAGGGGAGAGUGAAGGCGGCGGGCGGCGGGCGCGGCCGUGCCCGGCGGGGCGCCGGCGGGCUGCCAUGGCAGAAGCGCAGCGGGGCCGGCAGGAAGCGGCCGGGAAGCAAGAAGGCCGUCCCCAAGCACUGCGCGGCGCCGGCGCUGGCCGGGCGUGCGGCAAACGAGGGCGGCGGUGCGACGGUUAAGGCCGCUUCGGGGCCGGCGGCGGCCAAGGCAGCGGGGCGGCCGAGGAAGCGGCGGCACACCCUGUGCGGGGGCUCCUCUUCCAGCAGCGACAGCGCCAGGGACAGUGAUUACGCUCCCAGCAACUGA